AUGGCGGCAUUGAUCAUCACGGAGGAAGCAGUCCCUGCACUAGCCGCAGCCACAGGUGGCUUGUCAUUGACGGAUGACGCAACCACAGCUCAUGGCAAUCCGACUCCAAUCCUCAUUGAUACAACUGCUGCUCUUUCAAAGAUGGUUGGAAACCUUGAGGAAUUGCCGACUGAUCCGCCAUCGCUCUACAUUGACCUUGAAGGAGUCAAUCUGUCAAGACAUGGAACGAUCUCCAUUCUCCAACUACAUGUUCUUCCAAGCAAGCAGACAUACCUUCUCGACGUACACACUCUUCAGGGCCAGUGCUUUUCUGCAACUAGUCGAAAUGGCCGUUCCUUCAAAGACAUAUUGGAAUCGGACACCAUUCCGAAGGUGUUCUUCGACGUUCGGAACGACUCAGAUGCACUAUACCAUCACUUCAAAAUCGAUCUUCGCGGCAUACAAGACCUUCAGCUGAUGGAAAUCGCCACAAGAACAUUCUCAAGAAGGCAUGUGAAUGGGUUGUCGAGAUGCAUCGAGAGAGAUGCAUCUCUAUCGACCUUGGAAAGGAUUGCUUGGAAGAGGGUCAAGGAUAAGGGCGUGAAACUGUUCGCUCCGGAGCGCGGUGGAAGCUAUGAGGUGUUCAACGAACGACCCUUGUCCAGCGACAUGAUUGACUACUGUGCCCAAGACGUACAAGUCCUGCCUCUAUUGUGGGCACGUUACAAAAGCAAUAUCACGUCGACAUGGUGGCAGAGAAUCCAGGACGCAUCAAAGGAGCGAGUAAAAUUAUCUCAGUCUUCUACUUUUGUUGGCAAGGGGCAAUACAUGGCUCUGAGUCCGUCUGGUUGGGCAUCUAUUCGCUGA